AAUGUUUCAGGCACAGUGAUCCAGCUUCCACAGCUACGAACACAAAGGGUCAUUUGGUGUCUUUUUAUGGUGCAUUUCAACAGAGGUUCACAAGGUUUGCAUUAAGGCUCAGGAGCAUGCCAACAUCGUCUUGUCUUUGUGCUGAAGGAUCCGAUCUCGGGGUCGGAUCCAAACUUCUGGUGCCAAGUUCCAGCGAGAAGGCAACGUCGUUGACUUCGGUGGACAGUUUAUUGGAAUUAGGGAGGCUGUACCAAUUUCCUGGUUGCCCUGCGCCUUCGGCAUCAGGGGUGGUGACCAUGGGCAGUAAAGCUCUUCCAGCACCUGUACCUAUCCAUCCUUCUGUGCAUCUCACCAAUUACUCCUUCCUUCAAGCUUUCAAUGGACUACCUGUGCCAGCUGACCAUUUGCCCAACCUCUAUGGCUUCAGUGCACUGCACGCUGUACACCUUCAUCACUGGACACUGGGUUACCCACCACUGACAUUACCCCGGUCGUCUUUUUCCAAAGUACCUGGAAUAUCUGGACUGAUAGACACUAGUUUCCAGCUGCCAGCAAUCCCAAUAUUUCCACAUAUUGUACAUCCAAAACAGGACGUUACGAACAGCAACAGUUCCCUUAAUAAGAUGAAACCAAGAUUCGAUUUCGCAAAUUUAGCCUUGGCUGCUACACAAGAAGACCACUCGAAAUUAAUGAGGCAAAAUGAUGGACAGGUCUCUCCGUUGGGUGCGGGACCCCUUUUGGAUGUCACCAAGCUAUCUUCAGAAAGAAAACCUACAAGGGGUCGACUACCUUCAAAAACAAAAAAAGAAUUUGUUUGCAAAUUUUGUGGGAGGCACUUUACCAAGUCCUAUAAUCUCCUAAUCCACGAACGGACCCACACAGAUGAAAGACCAUACACAUGUGACAUUUGCCACAAAGCCUUCAGAAGACAAGACCACCUCAGAGAUCACAGAUACAUUCAUUCUAAAGAAAAGCCAUUUAAGUGCCAAGAAUGUGGAAAAGGUUUUUGUCAGUCCAGGACAUUAGCAGUUCACAAAACAUUGCACAUGCAAGUUAAGGAACUUAAACCAUCAAAAAUAAAAUGCUGAAUAAAGUCAAAUAGACUGUAUGUUAGAAGGAACAUAAUUUACAAAUGCCAUGGGCCCUCGACUUACGUCACACUUGCACACUAACAGUACGAUGCUUAUAUAAAGGUAGGGCGCCGUCUUAAAGGUAUAAUGUAAGAAGACCGGAGAGUGAAACAGAAAGUUAUUUGGGGUCACUAGUUAAAUUUUGCUGCAAAUUGCUUGUGGGACUACCACCUGACUAGUGCGGUAAUUGAGAUGUGACAUUUAAACUGUGGCUUCACUCUUCGGUAGGCGGGGAUACCAAACAUUCGAGUGUCCCCUGCAGGUACCCGUACCGAAUAUGACACCGUUGGCCAGCAGCUACAUUAAAGGGGACUGGUGCUGAUGCAGAAUGCAACAAAACCAUCAGUUUUCUCCAGUGUUCAAAAGGGAAGCAUGUGUAAGUGUUUUGAUCUUGCGAGUCUUUGUGGAUCUGCCAUCUGUUUGUAAGCAAGGCUGACCGUUUAAGUUGUGAAAUUGCAACAAGACCUUCACAGAGCCGCAGAAAUGAAUACAAGAGCCGCAGUUUGGUUGAUGUGACCAGAAUCUCUCUGAAAGCAGUUACAGGAGUGGGGAGUGGUUUUGAAAGCAAAAUUGAUGCAGAAUAUUGAACAUGAAGACUGGAGGCAAAAUGCAGCAUACAUUUGUACUUUUGCUGAAAUGGCUGUUUGGACACUUUAGUCUGAGUUUCUGUUUUAAUAACGGGACACUACUAGAAUUUAGCAUGUCAUUUUAAAGAAGACGCUGCAGUUGUACAGGAUAUACUGAUAUCAUUCAGGUAACCAGUGUGUAAACUUCUUGCAUUGUCCAGUCAAUAGAAUAUAUUUUCUUUUGAAUGCACUACAUAAAUAAACCUUGACAUAUUGUCAUCUAUGGUGUUUGAAAAACAAUCUAGGAACAAAUUAAUUUUUAUGUAACAUCUUUUCGUUUUAUUAAAAAAUCAAAGCUAGAGAAAAAUGUUAGUAUUUUGCUUAAGAAAUGUAAGAAAAGCAAUAAUAAAAGCAUCCUUUCUUUUGUAUAAAGCAAGAGGAUGCGAGUAUGCACACACGCACGCACGCACACACACACACUUCAAAGUGUUCAAUAGUGCUAUUUCAUUACCUUAAUUCAAUGCAUCAUUCCGCUAUUUAUAGGUUAUGAAUUGAUGAAAUGCAGCGUUCAAAAUCCUGUCUCAAGUCUGACAUGUUUACCGGAAAUAUAAAAAAAAUUCAAGCAGUGACACAGUGUACUGUGCAGUGUCUAUCGCAUUCUGCUUUUUCGGGGUAUCUUGAGCAGUUUCAUAUUACGUCCGGCAGUUUUUGGAUAAAUCAAAAGUUAAAUGUGUGCUUAAAAUUGUUAAACUGUUUUCAUUUGUAUAUAAAGGGUCAUUAGUUAAGUUAUAAUGACUAUAGAGGAUCUACCAUUACAACGAGUGGGUUUCCUUUACAUCAGACAUAUGGAUAAAGUUGUUAUAUUCUCAUUCGAUAGCAGGUGACAGUUCUUUCUUACCUAAACUAUUUGCCCUGACCCAGCCUGACACAUCAAAGCAUUCUGGAAACCUGGAUGGAGUUCAUCCUUUAUGAAUAACUCUUAUUUAUGUUACUUCAUUUUGGGCCACUUUGAAAUAUAGACAUAUUAAAAUAAUGUUUUAUAUUGUUUGCCAAUUUCUUGCAUUAUUUCUUUUAAUAAAAUCAAUGAGAAAUUCAA